UCGUAUAUAAGGAACGGAAGGAAGACAAGUCCUCAGUAUCCGGUUAUGGUUCGUGCGAUACGUGUCCUACGAAGGAUGAAGCUCCUUAUUCUUUGUGUAAUGAUCCACGGUUUGUUGGCGGAGGGCACGGAGGAAGUCUUGUCGAUCGGUGGGCGGUGGAAUGAUCAGGUUAUCGGACCUGAGUUCCUACUGGACAAUCGCGAGGACGUCUCCGAGGAUAAUCGGAACACAUUUCUCUACGAAGACAAACGUACCUUCCGUCCCGAGGGGCUCAGCGAGGUCAAACGAAUCACCGGCGCCGAGGAUAUCGGUCUGCAGCCGCGUCUUGUAACGAGAUCUCUGUCAUGCAUUUGUGAAACGGAAUACGAAAUAAGGGAUCUGGGCGAGGGACGUUAUCCGAGAUAUCUGACCGCAUCAAGCUGCAAGCCGAAAGCCUGUCUGAACAGCAAGUUUAAUUCCUGCCGACUACUGUACUACAUGGUUCACGUGUUAAGCCAACGAGAUUUGAGCGAAUUAAGCGAUGAUCGUUAUUCGGACAAUAACGAAUUUCCGGAAACACUACUCCCGGAAACUCUACGUCAUAAGUGGCAACUGAAGCCGAUGAGAAUCCCGGUUGCAUGUGUGUCAGCGAUAGAUAGAAGAAAGUAAUAUAUGACCAGAGCUCGAACGUAUCAAACGGAUAGAGGAGAUAAAAUCUAGCGGCCUCUAUCAAUCAUGUUGAAGAUUGAUAAGUAUUAGGCGAAUAGAUUCAUGCGGCAUAUUGAAUACGCUUCUGCUUGCAAUACACGGCAAAAUGUGUAUAUAAUAUAUGAUAAAUAAAUAACUGAAUUGUGAAUUUC